AUUGACAUUGAUUACCCUAGGAAGCUUCCGUGCUUUCCAACAACAAUAAAUGGGAACAUUAAUUUUGAUGAUUUUUUCACGCAGUUCUUAAAUGAUACAUCAAUUACAUUAAAACAGUCUAAUAAAAAUAAGAUUUUAACCAUUACCGCAGGCCAAUAUCCUUUAAAUAACAUCGGAGAUAUAGUUAGUUUUGUGAAUAUUCAAGCAUUUCAUCUUAAUUUAAACAACGCAAGCACAUAUGCAAGUGCUGGAAUAGUCAAUAUUAAUAGCAUAGUCAUGAAUUGGACUAGUAUUACUGGAUUUGAUAAAUCUAAAUUCGUUUUAGGCGUUGAUUUUGGAGGAAUUGUCGAAGGUGUUUCUUCCAAUAAUAUUGGAGAUAUAGAUAAUCAAGUUAUUAAAAUUCUAAACGUUCCAACAUCUUGGUCAUGGAAAAAUUUAAGUUCUCAAUUAUUAUCACCUUGUUAUACAUCAUCAAAAUGGGUCCGUGGCUUUGAUAAUAAAGCCAAACAGCCAUAUAUCUACCAAAAAUUAUCUUCCCAAUCUAAUCAAUAUUAUUAUGUCUCUUAUGAAGAUUUUCAAUCAUUAUCUGCCAAACUCGAUUUUAUACAUAAUAAAAGUUUGGCAGGAAUUGCAAUCUUUGAUGUCACUAAAAACAGCAGAAACAUGACAUUAACGAACUUCAUAGCAAGUGUAAUAGUGAUCGGUGUAAUAGGCACUUUCAUUUUUAUUAGCGCAUUGGUGGCUUCUGGCUUUAUAUUGUAUCGAAAACACAAAACCAGAAUGCCUGAUCUGCUCAUAGACACAAACAAACAGGCUUGUUCUGACACGAAUCACCAAAUUUACUCUGAUAUGAAUUGUCAGGUUCGCUCAGAUACAAAUAAUCAGGUUUACUCGGAUACAAACAAUAAG